AAGCUUUGUGUGACAGACUGAUGUUUUAGCCUGUUGAAGGAAGCAUACAUUUUAUGCUCACGUCUAAACUUAACCAGCAUUUAUUAGUAUCACAUCAAAAUUACAAACGUUUAAGAUCAGCAUCGCGGGGAGUAACGUUAAGGUCAUAUCCGUUAUUUAUCAUUUCCAUCUGAUCUGAGUUAAAGAUGAUGCGUAAAAAGAAGCGCUCAUCCAUCACAGUCGAUGACGAUUCCACACUUGACGUUCCUAAAUCAAAAAAGACCAAGAGCAGUGGACGACCAACAAAGUCUUCAUUACAGGACUCAUACCCGGACUCAGUUUUUGUUCAGUUUCUGAAGGAAUCUGGUGUCACUUUGACAGCUGGCAGUACAGCUAAUGAAAUUGCUGUAGACCAAGUAAUAUUUCAAAAGCGGCUCCAGCAGCAUCUAAGAAAGCAUCCCAGAUUCCCCAAUAUAAUUCAGGAGUUUAUAUCUGCACUGGAAACAUACAUUGAAGACCCAGAGAGAUUCAGAAACUGCCUGCUGCCUUGCGUGCCAUCAUCCACUUCACAGCAGGAUACCAAUUCUGGCUCCUAUCAGGAAAGUCUUGUACGCCUGUUGCUUGGAAUAGAGAUGCUACAGACCCAGGUCAUAAACACUUUGUUCGAAAAGCUUCCAGAAUUCAUGUUUGAGGGUGUGAGCGAGGAUGGCCUCAAUGUUCCCCGUCUCAUAAUAAACCAGUUGAAGUGGCUGGACCGAAUUGUAGAUGGCAAGGAUUUGAGCAGUAAGCUGAUGCAGAUGGUGUCUGUGGCUCCGGUGGAGAUCCAGCGGGACAUUAUUACCAGCCUGCCUGAAAUCCUGGAGGAUUCCCAGCAUGGAGAUAUGGCCAAAGAGCUAAAUGGUUUACUUCAGCAAAACACUCAACUCCCUGUGCCUAUAUUGGAUGCUUUAUCCAGUUUGAAUCUGAGCUCUGCGUUACUGUCAGAGGUGCGCGAGGUAGUAAUGGGAACUCUCUCUGCUGUGCAGUUAGAGGAUCUUCCUGUUGUAGUCAAGUUCAUCUUACACUCCAUCUCUGCAUCUGAUGCUAAUGAGGUGGUGUGUGACCUGCGUAAAAAGCUGGAGUUGGAGCAGUGUGUUUUGCCAGCAGUGUUGCAGGCUUCCCAGAGUCGUAUGAAAAGCAAAGCCAUGUCAGGGUCCUCCAGGGUCCCAUCAUGCAACAAUGGUCAGGACAGUGUGGCUUUGGUUUUGGAGGUCAUUAAGUCAGCUAUCCGAUUUCAGAAGACCAUCUCAGAGGCUUGGCUAAAAGCAAUAGAGAAUGUUGAUGAGUCAGACGACCAUAAGGUGGUUGACCUGUUGGUGCUGUUCAUCCUUCACUCCACUAAUGCAAACCACAGCCGGCGUGGGGCGGAGAGAGUGCUCAAAGUCAAAGUUCGCAAGGGUCUGAUUCAGGAAAACCUCUUGCAGAAGACCUUUAAGGGUCAUGCUCAGGUUAUGCGGGGUUAUUUCCCAUCAAUUCUGGCUCUAGCUCAGGGACUCUUGCGUUCUCCAGACUGCUUUGUGGUGCCUUUCGGAGGUCACAUGUACAAACAGGCCUUCACUGCCUUUGACUCCUACUGUCAGCAGGAGGUGGUGGGCUCUCUGGUCACACACGCAUGCAGUGGUGUGAGUGGUGAAGUGGAUGUGGCUCUUGAGCUGCUCUGUGAGCUGGUAUCUCAGAAGCCUGCAGAAAUGAGCCAGUUCACUGUUUUUGUUAAGGGUAUUCUGGACUACAUGGACAACCUGACCUCACAGCAGAUCAGACGACUCUUCCACCUGCUCAGCUGCCUGGCAUUUGGACAGGAGCAGCACGGAGGACACAUCCAGGAUGACAUGCACAUCGUCAUCCGUAAGCAGCUGUCUAGCACGGUGCCCAAGUACAAACGUAUUGGUAUUAUUGGUGCAGUCAUGAUGGUGGGCAGUAUGGGGGCCUGCAGAAAUAAACCUGAUGGCUCUCAGGGUGGCACACUGCCCAAAGAGACACACAGACAGGUGAUGGCUCUGUUGGAGCUGGUACGCUCAUGCAGUGAGAGUUCCCCUGAAGCUGCCGCUCUCUAUUACGAUGAGCUGGCCAACCUGCUGCAGACCUGCAAACUGGACCCUCUAGUUCAGGCAUGGAUCGGGAAGAGUGUGCUAGAGGAUUUUCAGGAAGACUUUAUUGUAGACCUUGGACCAGAUUUAUCAGGCCCGUUUGUGUUUCCUGCCUCUGUGAUGCAUAAUUUGGACGAGGAUGAGAGUCAAGGGGGAAUCGCCAUCAAUCUACUGCCACUUAUGACUCAAGACCAGCAGCUCAAAACAGACACAACCCAACCAGCUGGAGUCAAGAAAGAGAGGCGCGCGUCUCCUUUGUGUCUGUCCUCAUUUUUCCGCCUGCUGAGGUUGUGUGAGGAGGUGCAGCACCAGGGUGAUCUGGAGGAGAUUGAUGCUCUGCUAGGCUGUCCUUUGAUUCUGACUGAUAUGGAGGUGGUGGAGAAGGUGGAGAGUCUGUCUAAGGCUGAGAGAGAGUUCCUCUGUUCUCUGCUCUUUUACACCAUCAACUGGUUCAGAGAGACGGUGAAUGCUUUUUGCAAGCAGAAUGAUCCUGAGAUGAAAAUGAAGGUUGUAACUCGUAUUCAGAAU